GGUCACUUUUCAUGACAAGUCUAAAUGUAAAGCUUUACUUGUUCGAUUUGAUGAGGACAAGGAUAUCGCUGUUUUGCAUGUACCUAAAAAAAAUCUAAGGCCCUUAAGUCAUGGUGACUCUUCUAAAUUGCAACAUGGUGACAAAGUGACUGCUAUUAGCAACCUUUAUGGAAUGUAUCCUAGUUCCUGUACAGAUGGUAUUAUCAGUUUUGUUGGCAGAGAUGUUGAUGUUGAACCUAUUGGCCAGAAAAGUCAGAAGUUUAUACAAACAAAUGCUGCUAGCACUAAGGGUAGUAGUGGAGGGGCCCUGGUAAAUCAAUUUGGAGAGUUGAUUGGGAUGAUUACACGUGUACAGAAGACCUUUUCUGACGCAUCAGGUGGGGUUGCCUUUGCAAUUCCACUUGAUAGGGUAGUUGAUGUUGUUCACCAGCUGUUGAGUAAUGAUGGUAAAGUGGAACGGCCUUUUUUAGGGAUUUUGUAUGGUGGACGAGAGCUACGUGUGAAAAUGGAAAAGUUGGGAAUGAAGGGGGUGGCCUUUAAAGAUGCUCCUAAAGAAGGUCCAGCUGGAAGAAAGAAGCUGGUACCAACUUCAUAUAUUCGUGGUGGUAAGGAACUCAAAUUGGGUGAUAUAAUAACAUCUGUGAAUGGGAAAGAGGUCACUAAUGGCUUGGAUUUGAUUAGAAUUCUUGAAAACUGCAAAAUUGAUGAGGAGGUUACUCUGGAGAUGACCAGUGGCAGUAGCAAGAAGAGGAAGCGUAGGCCUAACAAGAAGACGGUCCAUGUAAAACUUGAGUCAAAGUCAAAGCUUGAGGAAACAGCAGGUCGGAAGUGGGGGGCAAAUUAUAUUUAACUACAGUUUGAACACAAUAAAAUGUCAUUGUUGUUCUUUUGUAUUAAAUCCGGAAGUCACCGUUGGAUUUCAAUUAGUUCAUAAUUGAGUCAUGUUGUAUUCCAUGAAAGGACAUGUGACUGGCUUAGUUUAGUAGCUUGAUAGUCUAUCAUCUACUUUCUUGAUCCUAUUUCUUCUCUUAAUAGAGUAAUGUUACUAUUGUGAACAACUUGGAAAUGAAGCUUCCAACAAAGACUUCUUUAUGUAAAUGUCUCAUAUUUUGUUGUCAGAUCCAAAUUUCUUGC